UUUGCGAAAGUCUCUCAGCGCUCUCGUGGGACUGGUCAUCGGUCGUUGUUCGGUCGCUGCGUUGCGAGUUUUGAUUGUCGUAGUCCUCGUCGGUUGUGUGUGGCUCGGAAUCCCCGGCUAAGACGCGCCCGGUUUCCCAACAAAAAAAACACUCCUGAAACUAAACCUUUUAUCAUUUUAUAAGUAUAUCACUUGGCCGAAAAGGAGCGAGGAAAAAAAGUGAGAGAGACAGAGGGAAAGAGAGACUGAAAAUCCUUCAGGACACAUACACAUACACACGUAAACGAAACCGCGUAUAAUAUAAUCCUUCACGGUACCUUCGUCCUGCUCAUAUAGCCCUCGCGCUUUUUCAUGUAUUUUUUCGUCCUUUAUAAUUGCUGUACGUGAAGAAACAAAAAAAACAACAUUUAUACACAGAGCGCAGUUUACGGGAGUGCGGGGGACGAAAUAAAAUCAUAGCGGUUUGCCCUGGACUUUUUACAGGUUGCAAAAACGGCGUGCGAAAACGAGAUACGAGAAAUAUGUCUUCGGGAGCUGGAUCCAGUGGAACAGGAAGAGGUAGGGGUUCUUCAUUGGCGGACAAUAAACCGGACAACAAGGAAGCUAAGCCAAACCCAAAAAUGUCCAAAGCGUUGGGAACUUCUGCUAAAAGGAUACAGAAGGAAUUGGCUGAAAUUACGUUAGAUCCACCGCCAAAUUGCAGUGCUGGGCCAAAAGGCGAUAAUCUCUACGAAUGGGUAUCAACUAUUUUGGGGCCUCCGGGUUCCGUUUACGAGGGUGGUGUUUUCUUCCUGGACAUCCACUUUUCCCCCGAAUAUCCCUUCAAACCUCCAAAGGUCACAUUCCGAACACGUAUUUAUCAUUGCAACAUAAAUAGCCAGGGUGUGAUAUGUUUAGACAUACUUAAGGACAAUUGGUCGCCGGCGUUAACAAUCUCCAAGGUUUUGUUAUCCAUCUGUUCGCUACUUACGGAUUGCAACCCUGCGGACCCUCUGGUGGGCAGUAUAGCAACGCAAUAUUUGCAAAAUCGAGAGGAGCACGACCGCAUAGCGCGACUUUGGACGAAUCGUUAUGCCACAUGAACAAUUAUCAAUAUAUAUAUACGAGUAUAUAUAUAUAUAUAUAUAUCCUUUAAAAAAUAAUUUCUCGUAACGCUAAACAGAUAAAAACAACAAAAAAAAAUGAAGAAAAAAGAAAAAAAAGAAAAAGAAACAAACGACUCAAGAAAAUACCUGCGGAAAUAAAACUCCUCUCUCGAGCCUUUCAUCGCCAAUAUUGUUGUCAGAUUUAAAAACGUUCUCAUCCGUUCCUCCCUUUGCUUUGAAUUUUACUUGUAAAACUUGUUUCAAUCUCUCGGAGGGUUUUUUUUUUUCAUCGUUCCUUCAGUUUUCAAUUUUUCUAUCGCUAUGCUUCAACUUCAUUUGGCAAUGACAAUUCCCCACGGAAAUUCACAAUUUCCAAUAGUCAGACUAAAAACACACGGUGGCCUGGGGGAUUUCUGAACUCCUAAGUGUAUUUUUGGGAGUCGGAAGUAUCACCCAAUGUUUUCUAUUCUCUUGGGGCUAGAAGGCACGGAGCUUGGAGUUCCUUUAUUAUUUGUUUAUUAUCACUAAACGAAUCGAGCAACAUUGAAACGCAAAAAAAAAUAGAAACUGGACGCACGUGGAAACAUGAGACUAUGACAAUUUUAGUAUUUAGAAAAUGAUGUACUUGUAAGAGUGGGGGAUAAAGGAGAAGAAAAAACUCGAAGAGAAGAAGCGGUAGAGGAAAGAAACGUUGAUAAAUCGCGAGGCAGCUCGUCCGCAUAACUUUCGUUUUCCGUUUUUUUUAUUCGUUUCUUCAAUCGCGGGUCAGUAAUAAAAAUGAUUGAGUGCUGACUGAUGAAUCGAAGAAGUAUCGAUAGCAGUGCCGAAUGGUGCGAUCGAAUAAAUAAGAGAAGGAUAACAAAUUUCAGUUAAUAAACAAUCGAACGAAAAGAGAAAAUGAUCUACGAUAAUUGAAAAGUUUAGAGAUUAGUCGAUAAGCGAAGGAGGGCAGAUCAAAAAAAAGCAUGCUGACGAACGCCCGAUUCCGUUGAUCGACCUGUGUCUGGGCCUCUGAUCAUUUUUUUAACGAAGCUUUCGGUGUCAAAGUGCUCGAACGAGCACGCUCGUGCUUUCCAACCGCGAUUCUCCGAACUCCUUUGUUCCGAGUUGAUCCUGGCACUUGGCCGAUGCAAUGAAUUCAUUGAUCGACGAAUGAAGUUCGGAGAAUCGCGGACUUGUCCAAUCAUCAGUCAUUGAAAGCAAAAAGGAAUAACGCGUGAUACUAAUGCGAAAUGAAAAAAAAAACGAAAGGUUUUACGAAACUCUGCGUGCGAGAAUAACAGAAGAGCAAAAAUAUUGUCACGUCCUCCCGAUAUUUUUGUAAUAAAACUUCGAUUACAAAUCGCCCCUUGUUCCGCCCCGAUGAAAAACUAAAACUAUCGCCUAUAGUUGAAAGCGCAACAAAUCGAUUUACUCUUAAGGAGAGAACCCGAUUAAAUCUCUGCGACAUUGUCUUCAUCGUUGAUUUAUGAAGAUAACAAAAUACAAAUUAACAACUAAACGCGAGUCUCCGAAUCAUUGAAGAAUCAUAGGAAAAUGAAGAAACGAAAAAAAAAAAAAUUAAUAAGCGCUUCAUUUCCUUAGUACUACGUAGAUAUAGUGAUGUACUACUGUUCCUGCUGGAGUGUUUUCCUCGAUGUCCGAGGACAAACGCGAAUAUACGAAUGAAAGAGUAAAAGAAAGAAAGAAAAAAAAAGAAACGAAAGAAACUUGCUUGACUCAUUGUAAGUGUAAAUAAAUAUCAUUUUUCUUUUCUGUACAUUCAAGAAAAUCGACGCGACGAUUGAUCAUACCAUAUAUUAUUAAUAUCUAUAAUAAUCGCAUAUCGGUCGCGUACGCACGCGGCCGCGUCAAAAUCUCAUUUUUAUUUCUCAUUGUACGUCUUUUUUUCUUUACCGAUAUCCAUUUAUCAAUAAAGCCAUAGUGUCGUAUAAUUAAAAUAUUAAUAAUAGUAAUAAUAAUAAUAAUAAUAAUAAUAAUAAUAGCAGUAAACAAUAAACCAGAAGAAAACAAAAACGGAUGACUGCGUUUGUAUCCAAGUUAAUGCGUGACGUGAAUGCGUGUGUGCGUGUGCGUGUCAAAUUUGUCUGGUCAGGCACAAGGAACGAUCUUGUUUUUCAUUAUUUUUUCUCUCCUUUUUUGUUUUGUUUUUGUGUUACGAGUAAUAACGAAACGACUGAUUCGGCUUUUUUGCCGACGUAAAGUAACGCAGCGUCAUAAUAAUUCAUCGUUUUUUAAGAUUCUAAGUUUUGCAUGUGAAGCUCAUGUUUCGAACGAUUGAUGUUCAAUUGGCUGUCAAACUCGGUCACAUUUCCGACGAUUCUGAUCACAAGAAAAAGUUGUACGAAUUGCAUAAUUUUAUUUUUAUACCGAGUCGUCCGAGCCCCCGAGAACGAAAAAGUUUGUUUUUUUUUAUUUAUUCACUAUUAAGAACGAGUUUUUAGUCAGCCUGGCGCUGUGAGUUUGAUUCUACAGAACUUUGUGAUUCAAUGCAUUUUCUCACGAAACACGAUGACAGCCCGUCGAAAUUUGUCAGUGAAAAGUCACAAAAACGUCGUUCCUCCUGCUCACAAAAUGAGGCACGGAAGGACAGAAGCAUGAAAAGAAAAGGAAGAGAAAGGGAAAACAAAACUGCGAUUGUCAUUCGAAACGCCAAAUGAUUUGCAUCUUGUUUUGUAAACCCUCACGAAUUUCACAAAUCUCAUGCUCCGUUUUUUACAUGUUGCAAAAAAAAAAGAAAUAAAGAAGAAAAAUGUAUAAAUAUUAUAAUUAAAAAGUAAAGAAGAAAAAAAUCAACAAACGAUAAACAAGUCACGUCGUAUUUUUUUGUAUGAGAAGCUCGAGGAAAGGUUUGCCAGACAAAAUUCACGAAGAAAAACGAGGCCACUUUGUAUAUAUUUGAUAAACUUGGAAGAUUUAUAGAUAUUUCUUUUUACCAAUAAACAACGGCGAAGUUGUGUAUUACCAAGAAAAAAUAAAUAAAAUGAAAUUAUA